AUGGCUGAAUUCGAGCAAUGGGUCACAGCACAGGACGGGCUGGAUAAACUCAGACUUAUCAAGGCGCCUCUGCCAAAGCCGGGCCCUAAUGAAGUCCUGGUGAAAGUACACUCUGUGGCGUUGAACUACCGUGAUAUCGAGGUGGCCAAAGGUGAAUACACACACCACAAUUAUACCGGUAUCCCCACCGACCUCGUCCCCUGCUCAGACAUGUGCGGUACCAUCGUCGAGGUCGGUGAAGGCGUCGGCAAAGACCAAGCCAGCCUCAAAAGAGGCGAUCGUGUGAUUUCAACAUUCAAUCAAGACCAUCUAACCGGUCAAAUCACCAGCAAGGAACUCGCUACCGGCCUGGGUCUACCUUUACAGGGCGUUCUCGCAGAGUAUCGAGUCUUUCCUACUCAUGGCCUUGUCAAAAUACCUGACUACCUCACGGAUGACCAGGCGGCUCUAUUCCCUAUUGCCGGGUUGACGGCUUGGAUGUCGUUGUUUGGAUUGAGACCUGUCAAGGAAGGGGAUUAUGUCUUGCUGCAGGGGACUGGUGGUGUUUCCAUCGCUGGGAUGAAGAUUGCAAAAGCUAGCGGCUGUAAAGUGAUCAUCACAUCCUCCGAUGACCAGAAACUAGCUCGCGCCAAACAGCUCGGCGCAGACCACACAAUCAACUACCGCACAACACCGGACUGGGAAAAAGAAGUCCUUGCUUACACCCAGGAUCACGGUGCGGAUAUCAUCCUCGAAAUAGGAGGUAGCCAGACUCUCCGUAAAAGUUUUGACUGUAUCGCCUGGGGUGGCCUCAUUGCUGCCAUUGGCUAUCUUAGUGGUAAGCAAGACGACGAAGCUCGGGAUCUGUUAAAUGUCAAUAUCCUUGCCUUGAGACGGAAUGUUACCUUAAAGGGGAUACUGAAUGGUCCCAGAGAUCAAUUGGAGGAGCUGCUUGCGUUUUGUGAAAAGAGUCGAAUUGCGUUUGAGGUUGAUAGAGUGUUUGACUGGGGGGAUGCAAAGGAAGCCUUUAAGUAUGUGAAUGCUGGGUCACAUUUUGGGAAGGUGAUUAUUAAAGUCAACAAAACUACUUAA